AAGCAGAAGCAUCGUUCAACAAACAGCCCCAAUUCAAAAGCUCCCAAAUCGAUUCCGAUUUCGAUUUGCUGCACUUUUACUUCACCAGUUAUGUAUUGUUAACUGGUUAUGUUAGCGUCAACAUGAUAGAAGAUAUUUUAGCAGAUUUCUUUUAGAUGAUGGAUCAAUUUUUGUUUGAUUUGUUGCAGCCUCCAAAAAUUAGAUUUUUCAUCAACAGUGUUACUGCAGUUCCACUUGAGGAGAUACAAGAACCUUUAAAACCCUUCACGUGGGAGUUUGAUAAGGGAGACUUUCAUCACUGGGUUGAUCUUUUUAACCAUUUUGGUUCCUUCUUUGAGAAGUAUGUUAAACCAAGGAAGGAUUUACAAAUUGAUGACAAUUUUCUGGACUCAGAUCCUCCUUUCCCAACAGAAGCCGUUCUCCAAAUUCUGCGUGUCAUUAGAAUAGUUUUGGAUAAUUGCUCAAAUAAGCAUUUCUACAGUUCAUAUGAGGACGAAAAACAAACACGAACAGAGGACGAAAACCGGAACACGAAGACGGUGACCAACAAUGAAGAAGAAGACGGUGACCAACAAUGAAGACGAAAUCGAAAUCGGAACACGAAGACGCUGACCAACAAUGAAGACGAAAUCGAAAUCGGAAUCGGAAUCUGUUUAAGAUGAAGAAAUCGAAAUCGGAAUCGAUUUGGGAGCUUUUGAAUUGGGGCUGUUUGUUGAACGAUGCUUCUGCUUCAAUUUAGGGUUCAUUUUCUUUUAA